AUGAAAGAGUACAUCGAGGAAAUGAUAAAAAAAAUUCAAGGUCCUCUCCAAGCAUUCGUAGAUGAAGUCGAACGAGCUAGAUUUCUCAGCCUGCUAGUCGAAACAGACAACUGGCUUCAAAGUCAGUCCGAUCACGCUGACUGGCAAGCCUAUGAGGACCGUCUGCGCAAACUGGAGGUCAUCGGCAUUCUACUGGAACAGAGACUAUACGAACGGGUGGAAAUGGUCAAAAAAUUCAAGUCUGCUAUUGAACACUACCAACAUAGGUUGUCCCUCAUGCGAUCUGGUGAACUAAAAUACGCACAUGUGGAGCCACAUCAUAUUUGCCAGCUUCAAACUUUACUGGAUCAGUACGACAUGUGGCUCCGGGAACAACAAAUGCGUCAGCAAUGCGUCGAACACUAUGACAAUUGUCACGAGGACCCACAACUGAACACCCUGGGUAUUGCCCACAGACUUCAGAGCCUUCACGAUUUCUGGAGUUCGAUUGUAUGUAAGAAUGACCCCGGUGCCCAGAGGUCCGCCAUUUCAAUCCACCUUCCUUGAAGGGAACAGUUACAAGAAGAAGCUGCUGUUCAACCUGACGGACAAUCUGCGGUCUAGUUGGCUCAUGCAAGACUAGUGAAAGC